AUGACUUUAGGUCUCCCGGUCGGUGCAGUUAUGAAUUGUGCCGAUAACUCGGGAGCCAAAAAUUUAUACGUGAUAUCUGUUAAAGGUAUUCACGGUCGAUUAAACAGGUUGCCGGCGGCAGGCGUUGGUGAUAUGGUUAUGGCCACGGUCAAGAAAGGGAAACCGGAUCUAAGGAAAAAAGUCAUGCCUGCCGUUGUGAUCCGACAAAGGAAACCUUGGCGCAGAAGAGAUGGCGUUUUCCUCUAUUUCGAAGGUGUUAUAGUGAAUCCCAAGGGGGAGAUGAAAGGUUCUGCUAUCACGGGUCCUGUUGGAAAGGAAUGCGCCGAUCUUUGGCCGCGUAUAGCUUCUUCUUCUGGAACUGUGGAAACCUCAACCUCGCACUUGUUAUCUGAGGCCGCUCCUUUUGCGAUUUCAGAAUCUUUGGAGCCUGAUGUUGAGGCUGGUCGCGAUUUGAACGUUAGGGGAAACAUCGGAAGUAAUACCGCGCCAGCAUCGACAGCCCAAUCAAACAACAAUCAGAAUCAAAGCAUCUGGGAUCAAUCUAGGCAAGGCACUCUUCUCACGCUUAACCCAAAAUGGCUUUUAAUUGUGGGCGUCGCCAUAACUUUAAACAUGGCUAAUGUGAUUGGUUACACCCAAUGUGAUAAAGAUGCUAAGAAGAAGUGGGCUACUGGAUUUGCAGCGAGAGCUGCCACCGCAAAUCCAGGAAUUGCUGGAAGAUUAUUCUCAGCUGGUUUUGGAAAGAUAUUUGGAUAA